AUGAGUACUCAAAUAUCAAAGUGUAUAGGUUUUGAAGAAUAAGGAGGUUCUUUAAAAUUGACAGAAAUCUCUCUCCCUACUGUAGGACCUAGAGAUUUAGUUGUUCGUGUUGAAGCUGUUUCUAUGAAUCCUAUUGAUUUUAAAAAGAAAGAUUACGGAGUUGCUCUUGGACCCGUUUCUGUUGAUAACCCUUGUGUAUUAGGAUUUGAUGCUUCAGGAGUAGUUGUUUAGACUGGCGAAAAAGUAACCUUAUUCAAAGUCGGAGAUGAAGUUAUGUAUGCUGGAGAUAUUACAAAGUAAGGCUCAAAUUCACAAUUACAAGUAAUUGAUGAAAGAAUAGUAGGAAAAAAGCCUAAUAAUCUUAAUUGGGCUGAAGCUGCUUCUAUACCUUUAGUACACUUAACAGUUUAUGAAUCUUUAGCUGAGCAUUUAGAAAUAAAGGAAUAAAAUAAAGAUGAAAAUAAGAACAAAACUAUAUUAAUUGUAGGUGGAGCUGGUGGUGUUGGAAGCGCUGCUAUUUAAUAAGCUAAAAAUAUUUUUAAUCUUAAGGUUAUUGCUACUGCAUCAAGACCUGAAUCUGUAGAUUACUGCAAAAAAUAAGGAGCUGAUAUUGUAAUUAACCAUAAAAACUCAUUGAUUGAAGAAUUAAAGGCACUAGAAAUAACUGGAGUAGACUAUAUUUUUAAUACUUCUGAUAUGACUCCUUUCUACUUUGAUCAAUUUACUGCUCUUAUUAAUCCUUUUGGAGGAAUUGUUGGUAUUUCUGGAUUCUUAGAGCCCUUAAUUAUGGCUCCCCUUUUCUUAAAAAGAGUCAAAGUCUCCUGUGAAUGCAUGUUUGUGAGAUCCUUGUAUGGAAAAAACUAAGAAAUUUAAAAUAAAAUAUUAAAUAAAAUAUGCUUAGAAUUGGAAAACAGAAAUAUAACUCACAAUCUUGAAGUAUUAAAAGACUUCAAUAUUGAAAACCUUACAGAAGGUCACAAUGUCUGUAAGAGUGGAGUAAAUAUUGGUAAAAUAGCUUAUUAAGAUGUUUAAAAGUUCUUUAAUAACUGA